ACAUAUACUUGAAGCUUGACCACAACCUGCACGACUUACAGUAUUGCUAUCGCUGAGCUUUGUGCCCUUUAUGUCUAAUUCACGCUUACAGUGUACCUACUAAACAUUCGGCGAAUAGUUGGUUCUGUCUAGGGAGCUAUCAAAGUGCUGAAGUUUACCAUGGCUCCGGCAUUACCGUCAUCUCUGAGUCCUCAUAUUUGUAUAAUUCAUUCACCAGACCUCCUAGAGCUUUUACAAUCUGCGUCUCUCCCACCCUUGCCACAGAUACUUCAAUCCUUCUCACCUCUUUCACAAGUUACUACCAGAACGACAUCUUUGACCUCCGUGCCGCUUUCCUCCUUCGCUCUCAGGUUUUCGGAUCUCAUAGAGGUAGAAUCAGCUACUCAUGAAGAUGAGGAACAACGGGCAUUACGCACAAUGGACUGGAUUAGCUCACGUGUGAGUGGAAGAUGUGCGAGGUGGGUCGAGAUGGUAGGGGCACAUGCCGCUUCAAACAACAACGAUGGACCAUGGAAGGACAGAACACCCUGGUGGGAAGAGGUAAAGAGAUGUAUAGAAGGGGAUUGCAUACCAAGUAGGACAGAGGGGUGGAACCACCCUGUGGCAGUGAUAUAUGCCGUUUCCACUAUGGCCGGUAAUCCCCUUCAAGCACUACAGGAUUUACACAACCGUCCUAUUGAACUUCCACCUUGGGUUGACAACACUUAUCUUCGCUGCACACUUAUUGUCCAUCCAUCCAACUCUCCUUUGGCGGCCCCAAUUGCAGAGGCUUUGUUCAAUGCCGUGAAGAAGCAGUAUGGCCUCCAUAGUUAUCUCCUCCCUCUUCUUCUACCCACUUCUCCCGCCCCCGAACCAGUCCCAGUGCCUUUUCCUGCUCCUCGUUUACCACCGCUGCCAAGUUCUGAUGUCUCGCCUAUGCCUCCGUCCCAACCUGCACCGGCUGGUCUCGCUUCCUCGGUACCAUAUACCCCAGUUAGGUCCCCUAUGCCUUAUUCUUCCGCGCCACCAUCUCUUGCCGCCGGGAAAUUUCAAGGGCAGAGCCAGGUUGCUAGUUCGCAAGUAAAUUCUUUGUGUCUGAGUGAACCAGACAUUCAACAGAUUGGACGUUUCACUCGUGAAUUUGUUGUAAUGAGUUUGAUACCGUGGAUGGAGAAAUGUGUAGUUGAAUGGAACGAGUCUUUUUCGUCAUCUCGUCGUUUACCUUCUCGUCUAUUCUCAUCCACUCGCCGGCUGUUUGGAUCCGGUUACACUUCUGGAGCAAGUUCCACUCCGCCAACACCAACGCAUGGGUCCAAUCCCUCGAUAUCCUCUAUACCUUCUCGAGUGACCGCACAUGGUCCUAAUAGUUCGGUCAGCUCUCUGUCAUCUCUGAGCUCGAUUGGGGGUGGAGUCACAAUGGUAAAUCAACAACGACGCCUUGCUGAAUUUGCCACCAUUUUGGGUGACUUCAAGCUUGCCGUGAGCGUAUGGGAAGCGUUGAGGAAAGAGAGCAAGGGAGGAUCGGAUAUCCUCCCACUUCUCUUAUCACCGUCUCCAGCACAUGCAUUACAUGCUUCCAAUGCCAUCAACGCAUUGCACACACAGCUUGCGGACGUACCAGCACAAGCGCAGCUACGUGCAUUAGUAUACGCAGUUCGUUGGGACAUCGGUAUAGACUAUGUAGAUUUCCUCAGUCCGAUUCUAGAAGGGGAUAGAUGGCUUGUACAUGCGGCCGGGAAUGCAGAAGAAACUCCUACGGCGCUCUUACUCGCACAUGCUGCGUUUCUAAGCGAGAAGAGAAAAGCGCAAAGAAGAGCCGCGCUAUGGUAUCUUUUCGCUGCUGAUAAAUUGGAAAAAGGCGGAAUCAAACCACUGGCAAUGCAUUUCUUCCGUAAAUCGCAUGUUCUGUACAAGUCGAUGUCGGAGAAGAGCCUGUCGCCAUCGUUCUGGGAAGGCGAGGAUCGGGACCCCACACAAUGGCGUGGCUUUGAUGCUGUUCUUCCAGGUAUUGAACAUGAACUCGGUCGGCUCAUGUACACAACGGGUGAUACCGCAGGCGCUGUCAAGCAUUUCCUUGGUUUAUUGAGAGGUGCACCAACGCCGUUGAGCCCUUCGAUACCGUCUGGGCUAGGCAUUUCAAACGGCGGUACACCGCUGGAUGGCAGACAAACAACAGACAAGGUCUAUCUAGAAGACUUCCGGGUUGCCUUGAAGCACUUCAAGUCAACCGAGGAGGAGCGUUGGGCUAGCAUGGAGCUCGAACUGCCUGUUUCUUUUGUUCAAGUUAAAGAGAGUCGUGUUCGCUUACCUGGCGAUGCGAUAGAAGGUCCUCCCGAAGAGUGGGAACUCAGAGAGGAAGAUUGGUUGUCAUUCUGGAAAUCUCGAGGUCCUGAAAAGCUGGAAAGGGGCGGCAAAGCAGCCGUAGACGAGACAUUUUGGCUGGAUCUCGUCGUCCGCAAUCCCUUGGACGUCGAUGUCACAUUGUCUGGAUUAACCGCGAUUGCUGAGGAAGUCGCUGCGGGCGAGGCAGGUCCAUCGGAUCUCGUUGAGGUGGAAGCAGUUGACGACAUUAGUCUGAGUGCUAAAGAGACACGCACGAUCCCCAUCGCCAUCAAAUGUCGUAGGCCCGUCAAGCUAAAGCUCACACACGUGAAGUACGAAUUCUUGUCUCUCUUGCCUGUCACAGAGCCUUUGGCUAUCCGUGGACGUCGCCUAUACGACACUCCCCAUCAACGUCAGAACAAGGUGUACGCUCCUGAUGUAUCCUUGACGGUGGAAGUAGAGGACGCGGGUAAACGCCUGCAGGCUGCUUUCGUAGAUGACCGACGUCUUGUUCUCGCGGAGGGAGAAUGCAAGCAGAUGAACAUCUGGCUACAAAAUACCGGCAAGCAGACUAUCAACGAGCUGUGGGUGCUUGCGGGCCGAGACGACGAGUUAUGGGUCAACGUUCCGACAGAAAAACAUGAUGAUGAACCAGCGAAGUCUUACACCGAGGAACUGCUAUCGGAUAACUCCAUAGAGCCUCGAAGACCUUUUCGCAUACCGAUAUCAGAUAUACAUUCCUCUUCGGGCAUAGAACCAGGCGAAAGCAUCACCAUUCCCGUGAUCCUCCACGCUACAAAGUUGGAUGACCAAGACCUCUGCAUCCUUUUGGCUUUCAGAGAGAAUCCUGACGAAUCCUUCCAUUCAAAACGAAUUGUUCGUCAUUACGACGUUAGGAAGAUAUUGGACUUCUCAAUUGCGGCGAGACCCUGUCUCUCGCCUGAAUUCGCUUACCUUGUCAACAUCGAAAUUGAAAACCUAGCCUCUUCUGCCGGGGUACACAUAUCGCAGCUAACGACGAUCAGUGCGACAUGGUCGUGUCAUCCGCUGACAAGUCAUGUAAUUGGCAUGCUACCUCCGCGACAGCUUACUCGAGCCUCUUUCGGGACAACUCCAUUACCGGUGUCCGACAUCAUCAACGAAACACGGCACUUCGUAUCGAAACAGGUCAAGGCAUUGCUGGAAGGAGUCCCAGUGGAUACAACACCGCCGCCACGAGUGGCUUUGCGAUGCGACCAUCUGUCCAAGUCAAGCACGAUUCGUUCCAUCAACGAGGCAGCUACUCGUCAAUUCAUCCACAGUGGUCGAAUAUCCGCAAGCACCCAUCUCACACGUUCACAGCAUCCACAUAUCCCAUCCCAUCUUCACGAACGUCUCUUUCCGCUUCAUAAUCCUUAUUCUCUCGAUGUUGUAGUCUUCUGGGAGAUACCUUCUCAAGAUAGGUCAGGACAUGCCGUCAUCACUGGGCUCAACCUUGGAGCAAGUCAUGCACCCCUGAAAGAAAUCAUCGAGGAAGCGGAAUCGGCUAAGGUGAAAAGAAGCAUGUAUGCUGAAACUGAACGUGAACGUCAGAAUAUAUUGCAUGCUGUGAGGCGAUGCGAAUGGAAUGCAGAGAUGGACCCGACAGUUGUCGGUGUGCAAGACGGCAUCACAGUAUCGCACGAUUUCACCCAAGGGGCGUGCCAUGUGAAUGUACCCUUCACGAUCAAGAACCAUUCUCUGACAAAUCGGAUCCGGUAUCGACUCAAAUUGACCAACUCAACAACGUACGAUUCCUCGUGUGUAGCUUUGCUUUUUUGCUUUACCCCUUUUUUCUCGACUGAUUUUUGUUCAGAAGCACAAAGUUGUUACCGCCGCGCUAUACCGGGAAGCUCACACAUAGAGGAGGACUGUCGCCUUCCCAGGCACAUACCUUGCAGAUCAAACUGCUGGCCUCACGUCCUGGCAGUUACGCCCUCGAUGGUUGGCGGAUUGAAACUGAAGUUGGUGAAUUACUGGAACCGUCGUCAGAAACAACAGCUUCUGUCGAUGUUCCAUGGCACACACGUCAACGAUACGAACAAGUCCCGCAGGCGGGGAUUAGUUGUGUAACUGUAGUGGACGUAUCAUCUUGAAUGGAUACCCUAAAAAUGAGAUACAAUUCCAGGUCCCGUGCGAUAUCAUAUACUAUUAUUACAGAUAUACAUCCAUACAAAGGAGAUAAGUCGAUCGAGAGUGUCUGUGACAUGGCAUAUUGAAUCCAAUCCUGUCUUUCACUCGCUCUUGUCUUCUUCCUCUUCCCUCUUCUUCUGAUUCUUCUUUGCCUCCGCUGCAAGUCGGGCUUUCUUGAGCUGGGUAUUGAAGUAGGUCUGUGUGGAAUGGCGGUCAGAUAGUCUUAGCUGUAUCAGAGGCUAGAAACAUACACCCAGGACGAACUGCACGAAGUUGAAGAAAGGAACCCAUAGCUAAACAGAGUAAUGAGUUCAAACUAUUCCAUGAUAGACAUGUCUAAGAAUAGCAUGGAAUUACCUC